GCUGACCCGGCCGCUCUCCCUUAGCUUGCUGCUGCCCCGGCGUGCAGGGCCCGGCCGCCGCCAUGUCGGGCCCGUUCGAGCUCUCGGUGCAGGAUCUCAACGACCUGCUGUCGGACGGCAGCGGCUGCUACAGCCUCCCGAGCCAGCCCUGCAACGAGGUCACCCCCAGGAUCUACGUGGGCAACGCGUCUGUGGCUCAAGACAUCCCCAAGCUGCAGAAACUGGGCAUCACCCAUGUCCUGAAUGCGGCUGAGGGCAAGUCCUUCAUGCACGUCAAUACCAGUGCCAACUUCUACAAGGACUCUGGCAUCACCUACCUGGGCAUCAAGGCCAACGACACACAGGAGUUCAACCUCAGCGCCUACUUUGAAAAGGCGGCGGACUUCAUCGACCAGGCCCUGGCUCAGAAGAACGGCCGAGUGCUCGUCCACUGCCGUGAGGGUUACAGCCGCUCCCCGACUCUCGUCAUCGCGUAUCUCAUGAUGCGUCAGAAGAUGGAUGUCAAGUCUGCCCUGAGCAUCGUCAGGCAGAACCGUGAGAUCGGCCCCAACGAUGGUUUCCUGGCCCAGCUCUGCCAGCUCAAUGAUAGACUCGUCAAGGAAGGGAAAUUGAAACUCUAGGGUGCCCUCACUGCCUCUUCUCUAGAGGUCGGAUGGAGGGGGGGGCGCCCUGGUGGUGGUGUCCCAAGCUGCCAUGUUUAGGAAACACACUGUACCCUGCUCCCAGCAUCACCAGGCACUUGCCCACAAGUCUGUCCCAACACAGCCCUGGGCCACUUUCCCCCUGGGGAGCAUAUAAAGAAGCUUGCUGAGGAAGGCAUUCCUGCUC